UUUAAUGGGUUUUCGCAAGGGAGGGUGUAGAAUAUAAAAGCUCACCCAACUUGCAGCUCGAAACUUUGAACAACACAAUACCGUUUACCAGGGAGACAAGAAAACUUUAGCCCUGCAAAACCGCUACAAGUAGACACAGUGAUACACAAAUCCUUAUCGUACGCCAGGGAGAGUGCUAAGGGUCUUUAACGUACACCCACUGCUGCAGCGAAACAUAUUUUUGCUAAAGAUGCUCCUUCAGAAUACUUGAGGACCCCUACCAGAAGAGACCAGAAACCCUUGCUGCCCCGUACAAAUCUGCUCUGUAGCAUACAGUGGGUACUGGUUAGGGUUUUCAUGCAAAACAAGGGAAGCCCAUGUGUGUAGUGUCUGAUUCAUGCAAGGCGGCUAGCUAGUUGGGUUUGGGUGAGGAAAAGGGGAUAAGGUUUUGGAUUGUAUCUGCUGAAUUUGGUGCUUUUUGUUGAGAUUUAAAUCUACAAAAACAGCAAACAAACAAAGAACGAGGAGAGGAAGAAGCUAGCAUCUUUAUCCAUAAGUCUCUCUGUUUGGUGGAUAUACACAUCCAAGCCACCUUUCUUUGUUGGGUGUUUGUCAUUAUUCGAUUCAACAAGGCAAAUAGAGAAAAAAGUGACAGAGACAGAGUCAGAGGGAUACAAAACAAGUGGUAACAAAGAGAAUUUAUUUCCCUUCUUGCUUUGAUUUUCUGAAUUUCCAAGAGUUGAACAAACAAAUGGCGAAUCGAUGGUGGGCUGGGAAUGUGGCGAUGAGAGGGGUGGACCCCAUGUCCUCGGCCCUAUCGCUUGACCUGAGAAACCCAGACGACGACAAUGGCGGACUAAACCGACUCGGACCAAGAAGAGAGCAAGAGUUCUUGGACAACAACAAUAACACUACUCCCACCAAUAGCAGCACCAGCAACACCACCCCACAGAAGCAAAACCCUGAAGACGAAGAUGGCCGAGACAAUGAUCUGGAAUCGGAGGACCCCAACACCGGAGGCCAAGAAGCCGGCGAGCCUGGUAGUAGCGGCCGCAGGCCUCGAGGCCGGCCGCCGGGAUCUAAGAACAGGCCAAAGCCUCCAAUAGUGAUCACGAAAGAAAGUCCCAAUGCUCUCCGAAGCCAUGUAUUGGAAAUCAGCAGCGGCAGCGAUAUUGUCGAGUGUAUUGCCACGUUCGCCAACAGGCGGCAUAGGGGGGUUUCGGUUCUCAGCGGCAGUGGCAUUGUAACCAAUGUUACCCUUCGACAACCUGCGGCCCCGGGCGGAGUCAUCACGCUUCAAGGAAGAUUUGAGCUUUUGUCUCUAUCGGGUGCCUUCUUGCCUGCCCCAUCGCCGCCAGGGACAACGGGGCUAACUGUUUAUCUAGCUGGCGGCCAGGGUCAGGUUGUUGGUGGGACUGUCGCCGGUGCGCUCGUGGCGUCGGGGCCGGUUAUGGUUAUUGCAGCCACGUUUACUAAUGCCACGUAUGAGAGGUUGCCGCUUGAGGAUGAGCCGGCUGGGGAGGGGAUGCAAGUGCAGCAACAAUCGGGGACCAGUGUAAAUUCAGCCGGCCAGAGUUUGGGUGAACAAGCGGCAGCUUCAAUGCCUCUCUACAAUUUACCUCCAAAUUUGCUUCCAAAUGGUCAGAUGCCCCCCGAUGUUUUUUGGGCUCCUCCUCCUCGCCCUCCUCCUUACUGAGAGAAAGAGAGAGAGAGAGAGGGGGGGAGAGAGAGGGGGGUUCAUGUUAGCUUUGUUUUGCUGACUUGUUUUUGUGCAAAACGUUUUGACAUAUUCUUGUAAGCAUAGCAAGGAAGGUAGGACUUUUUAUUUUUAUUUAUGUUUUUUGUUUAUAUCUUUUGCUUGUGAAUCUGUCUCCUGAGUCCCGGGCGAAAAUGAAUCUGAUCAGUUUCUCGGUGGUUUUUGCUA